CCGGGCGCCGCCGCUCGGACGGACUCGCGGACGGAAGGAAGGAGCGGGGCUGCCGGCCGGCCGGGCCGGGAUGCGAGCGGCCGCAGGGAGCGGAAAGAAUGUCGGAGCGGGCCGCGGAUGACGUCAGGGGGGAGCCGCGCCGCGCGGCGGGCGGAGCAGCGGCCGCCCGGCAGCAGCAGCAGCAGCCACAGCCUCUGCAGCCCCAGCGGCAGCACCCGCCGCUGCGGCGCCCGCGGCCGGAGGACGGCGGCCCCGGGGCCGCCACCACUUCGGCCGGCGCCAUGGCGACGGUGGGGGAGCGCAGGCCCCUGCCCAGUCCUGAAGCGAUGCUGGGACAGUCGUGGAAUCUGUGGGUGGAAGCUUCCAAACUUCCUGGGAAGGAUGGGACCGAAUUGGAUGAAAGUUUCAAGGAGUUUGGGAAAAACCGCGAAGUCAUGGGGCUCUGUCGGGAAGAUAUGCCAAUAUUUGGUCUCUGUCCUGCACAUGACGAUUUCUACUUAGUGGUGUGUAACGACUGCAACCAAGUUGUCAAACCACAGGCAUUUCAGUCUCACUAUGAAAGAAGACAUAGCUCAUCUAGCAAGCCUUCCUUGGCUGUCCCUCACACUUCAGUAUUUUCCCUCUUCCCUUCUCUGUCCAAAAGCAAAGGCAGCAGUGCCAGUGGAAGCAGCCGGUCUUCCAGUGGAGGGGUCCUUUGCGCAUCCUCAUCAAGCUCCAAGUUACUCAAAUUGCCCAAAGAGAAACUGCAGCUCAGGGGGAACACCAAGCCCAUGCUUCCGGUGCAGCAGACUAAAGUCCCCCAUGCUAGAGUCAUGACACCCUCUGUGAAGGUGGAAAAGAUGCAUCCGAAGAUGGACGGCACACUACUGAAAUCCACAGUGGGGCCCGCCUGUCCUGCUCCUGCGAGUUCUGCAGUCAAGCCUGGCCUUAACUGCCCCUCAAUACCAAAGCCAACCUUGCCUUCACCUGGACAGAUUCUGAAUGGCAAAGGGCUUCCUGCAACACCUACUCUGGAAAAGAAAUCUGAAGAUAAUUCUAAUAACAGGAAGUUUUUAAAUAAGAGAUUAUCAGAAAGAGAGUUUGAUCCUGACAUCCACUGUGGGGUCAUCGAUCUGGAUACCAAGAAGCCCUGCACCAGGUCUUUGACUUGCAAGACACAUUCCUUAACCCAGCGGAGAGCUGUUCAGGGUAGAAGAAAACGAUUUGAUGUGUUACUAGCGGAGCACAAAAACAAAGCCAGGGAAAAGGAAUCGAUUCGCCAUCUGGACUCUCAGCAACCACCACAUCCUCUCAGGGACCCGCAUCCCACCCCUCCUAGGACGCCACAGGAGCCACACCUUCCUUCAGAAUCAAAGCCUUUCUUAGCUAGUAAAUCAAAACCUCAUAUCCCCAGUCUUCCAAGGCCUCCAGGCUGCCCUGCUCAGCAAGGAGGGAGUGCCCCCAUUGACCCUCCUCCAGGCCAUGAGUCUCCACACCCUCCCUUGCCUGCCACUGAGCCAGCUUCUCGGUUAUCCAGUGAGGAGGGUGAAGGCGAUGAGAAAGAAGAGUCUGUUGAAAAACUGGACUGUCAUUAUUCAGGUCAUCAUCCUCAGCCAGCGUCGUUUUGCACAUUUGGGAGCCGGCAGAUUGGAAGAGGUUACUAUGUGUUUGACACCAGGUGGAACCGGCUUCGCUGUGCCCUAAACCUCAUGGUAGAGAAGCAUUUGAAUGCACAGCUUUGGAAGAAAAUCCCACCAGUGUCCUGUACCACAUCACCUGUUUCUACCCGUGUUCCUCACCGGACAAAUUCUGUGCCGACAUCACAAAGUGGGAUCAACUAUUUUUCGUCAACCACUGUCUCUACGUCCCCAGUUCUGCUACCGUCCACCGGCAUCUCCCCAAACAGCAAAUCGGUACCAGCUCAUGGAACCACUCUAAAUGCACAGCCUGCUGUUUCUGGGGCGAUGGAUCCUGUGUGCAGUGUGCAGUCCAGACAAGUACCUGCUUCAUCCUCAUCCCCCUCCACACCCUCUGGCCUCUCUGCAGUCCCUUCCUCCCCUCUGUCCAGAAAACCUCAGAAAUUGAAACCUAGCAAGUCUAUAAGGCCCAAGGAGUCUUCUGGUAAUAGCACUAACUGUCACAAUGCCAGUAGCAGUACCAGUGGUGGCUCAGGAAAGAAACGCAAAAACAGUUCCCCACUGUUAGUCCAUUCUUCUUCCUCCUCCUCCUCCUCCUCGUCGUCGUCUCAUUCCGUGGACUCUUUCAGGAAAAACUGUGUGGCUCACUCUGGGACUCCAUACCUGUCAACAGCAGCAUCUUCCCACAGCAUUGGCCUCAACUGUGUGACAAAUAAAGCGCACUCGGUGGCCCUCCGGCAUGAGCAGGCAGGAAGGGGUCCCCCUGGCGUGAGCCCUGCAGAGUCCAUCAAGAGGAUGAGUGUAAUGGUGAAUAGCAGUGACUCCACUCUUUCUCUUGGCCCAUUCAUUCAUCAAUCCAAUGAACUGCCUGUCAACUCACAGGGCAGUUUUUCACACUCGCACACUCCUCUAGACAAACUUAUAGGAAAGAAAAGAAAGUGUUCUCCAGGCUCUAGCAAUGUCGGCAACAGUGGCAGCAAACCUACAAAGGUUUCCAGAUUGCCAGCUAUGAACAACGUCCACAUGAAACACACAGGCACCAUCCCAGGGGCACAAGGACUGUCGAACAAUUCCAUCCUUCAUCAGCCAAAGGCACGUCCCUGACAGCUGACAAUACCACUGGAAGGAAUAAUCCAGACAUUUUUGAAGACAAGUUACACCUCUACUCAGCACUCUGGACUCCACGAUGCCUUUGAGUCUCUUUUUACAAACUCCUGUGGGCCUUCAGGGUAGCCUAUGGCUGUUUCACAAGGAUUUCCCGAAGCUGUGUCUGUAGCAGUGAGUACUCAUAAAGGACACUGGAUCAAGUUCAGCCACCGGAUUGCUUUCUCAGUGUUAAAGUGGUCUGGACUGCUUGCUACCAAUCUGUGAGAAGUUUUUGUUUAUGUUUUGUUUGUGUUUGUGUUUUUUACCUUACAGCAUAUCAUGGAGCCACUCUUGAAGUAGAUUGGCUGGGCAAAGAAUGUUCUGGCAAGAGCAUUACUGUAGACUCUUCCCUCCUCUGCCAGAGGUUUUUUGAACACAUCCUCAGCUGUAGGUCACUCUCUAGCAGGUAGACACCUGCACUGGAGACUGGAGGCCUUCCAAAGAAAGGGGAGCAAGUUGCAUCCUGAGUAGCCUCCUGGCUUUAGUUUUCUUAUAGCAGUGUUCAGGAAUAGAAUACUGAUGUUGGUCAAUGCAUCAUGGCAUGGUAGCUCAGCCCUUUUCAAGUAAUUUGGGAUAAGAAGCUUAUCAAGUUCUUCAAACUGAACAACUGGUUUAAAGCUGCUGAUGCCCGGAUAUUAAGUUUAAAGGAUCUCAGAAGCUUAGUUUUCAUGGUACAAAAGCAUGUGUGAUAAAAAGAGAGAAAGAAAGAGGAAGAAUGAAGAAAAGAAAGAUGGAAAGAGAGCCAAUUAAACUAGUUUGGUGAUGAAAAAAGCCAGUUGGGACACUGGAUUCGGGGAGGUGAAAAAAAAUCAUAAAAGUGAAGCAAAACUUGCAGGAUUUCCAAAGAGACUGACUUCUUUUUAGUGCUUUCAUGUUGAGCAGCGCGUCAGAUUGGGUUGAUUGUCUUACUCAGUCUGCUUUUUAAGAUUUGCCUUUUUAAAAGUCAUUAUAAUGUCCUUAAAUACUUCCAAGGCAUUACUCCCAUUUCCUCUUUCAAUAUUGUUUGGAGAACCAAGAGUAGUUUCUGCUUUCAGCCGCAUUGUCAUUGUGUCUGUGUCACAGCUUCCCUUCAGUAGAGAUGUUUAUUUGGAGGCAGGUGGUGGGAGACCUUGUGGAGGUGGCGUUGAAAGGGUGAAGUAUUUACUCAUUCACCCCACCUUUCCUGUGGUAGUAACAGCCCUCUUCUUUCAGUGAGGUGAAAAGCCCUUUAAAGAUUUCUCAGUCCCCCACUCCCAAAGAAUGUUUAAUAUGUUAAAGCAUUGCUUGAAAAGAUUUCUACCAGUGGAUUUGGGGUGAUCUCGGGCUACUACAAUAGCUCCUGCACAGACAACCAAGUCCUCUAACUUAGGAAGAGUACAACAGAGUGGCCAGAAGAGUGCAGCCCCAAGGCUCUGAGCCAUGUCUUGGCCAGGUCUGGGUAGAGCCCAGACAGUGCAACCUUUCCCCUACAAUUCUUUGGUUAUACACUUGAGUUUCAGGGAAUUUCAGUCAACAACAGGUAGAAUGAAUAAAUACUUGGUUACCAGCCUAAUAAUGUGAAUUGCUACACUUACUCUUAUUAUGUAAGAACACAAAGACUUUAUGCAGAUACUUUAACUAGAAAUUAAUGUAAAAUGUUGAAUUUUUUAAGGAAGGGAAACAGAACCUUAUUCACGUCUUAUGCAAUCAGUCAGUGCAUGUUUUAAAGAUGUUAGAAGAGCUCUAAGGAGAGAACACAGAUGGGCCAGUGUGGUGAAGUUAGGGGUCAGUCUGAUCGCCCCAUCCCGUGGUGGGAAGGAGGUGAGGGAUCAUAAUUUACAUAGUAAUUACUUGGUGACAAGUGCAAUGGGGUGUGGGUAGAAUGUAUUUUCAGAGCCAAGGGGACUUGAUGGUUAUAAAUUAAGUUGCUUUUAGUGAUGGAAUUUAUAGACAGGUCAUGUUGUUCCGAAAGAUGUGAAUAGGAGCCACAGUAGGAAGUUUAUUCAGAAUAAAGUAGAUACUUAGAUUAAUGAGUAUUAUAAUUUGAUUUCUUAGACUGGGGUUUUAAUUGAACUUCAUUAUAUCUCCGGGUAAUACACAGAGCCUCGGGAUUAGGAAAAGCCAUUUUGGAUUCUGCCUGCCACAAACAGACAUACCCUAAACAGUGCUACUAAAGUUUAGACUGUUCAAAUAUUUUAUUUUCUCUGACAACUACUUUUUAUGAUGAUGAACAAUUAAGACCAUUUAAAAUAUGGGAGUACAAAUAUUUUUUUUAAUUACAUUAACUUGGAAAAACCAAAUUUGCAGUGUGUGGGUUGUUUCUAGACAGACUUUGGUGUCAAUUUAAAACCAAGAUAAUUUUUUAUAUUCUUUCCAAUAGAAUUCAUGACAGCUUCUGCAGUUUUCUUAAACUAUAAAAAAAAAAGUGCUGCAAUGAUGAACAAAGAAUUAUUAAAAAAAAAAAAACCUACUUUUGUAUCUUUAUUUUGGAAUUUCUUGUUCUAUUAUAAAUAUGGAAGUAUCCCUAUUUCAGAAGACAUAUUUUGUUAAAAAUGAAUUGUACAUAUUUAAAUAUGUAUUUUUGCACAGGUCUUUUUUUCUGAUAUCCUGUUUUGGUACAAUUGAGAUCAUCUAGUAUUUAUUUAUUAAUUAAUGAAAAUAAAUACCUUUUUAUAAUUUGAAGUGUUUCACUGCCAAGCCAAUAGUUUUAGAACUGCCUCCUUUACAGUUAAGGGAGGCCUCUGUUCUGUGAAGGUCUCUGUCCCUCUCAGUGUCUUGGGAGUGAUUCACACAGAUGAAGUGAGCACGGCUUCUCAGCUGCCUGAUUUCCAGAUAGACUACAUGGAACUAAGUGACACAUUGCUUUUGUUUAGUUUGUGUGUGUGUGUGUGUGUGUGUGUGUGUGUGUGUGUGUGU